AUGAAAACAACUGAAUGCUGGACAUCUCAUGAGUGCUUGCUUUUGCCCUAUGAACAAGCACUAACUAGGCUGGAUUCAACUUCUGGCCUGUACUAUGACUGCUCUGCUCACAUGGUUUGGUGUGAGCGAACCCAGAAGCUGGAUGGUGCCCAUGUAGAGUUUCUGAGAGGAAUUGCCAAUCCACUAGGCAGAAAGGUUAGCGAUAAAAUGGAUCCAAAUGAACUAGUUAAGCUCAUUGGAAUACUGAAUCCUCAUAACAAGCCAGGUAGAAUAACAAUCAUCACGAGAAUGGGAGCUGAGAACAUGAAAGUCAAGCUUCCGCAUUUGAUCAGGGCAGUCGGCAGGGCAGGCCACAUUGUCAGUUUCUGCGAACCAAUGCAUGGGAACACUACUGAGGCACCAUGUGGACUCAAAACCCGUGCCUUUGAUGCAAUUCUGGCCGAGGUGCGAGCAUUCUUCGAUGUCCAUGAGCAGGAAGGGAGUCACCCUGGAGGCAUCCAUCUCGAAGUGACAGGGCAAAACGUGACUGAGUGAAUUGAAGGGUCUCAGAGAGUGACAUAUGAUGAUGACUUAAGCUCAUGUUAUUUUUGCACACGGUGUGACCCAAGGCUUAAUGCUUCUGAGUCUCUGGAGCUGGCUUUCAUCAUUGCUGAGCGACUAAGGAGCCAAAGAAUUGGGCUUUCCUUGGGCCUUUAA